UGUCUCUUGAAUUUGGUCUCAUCUCUCUAUAGUUUCCCAUGGUGUGAUGCUGUUGAGUUGAUUCUCUGACCAGUCACUCGCUUUGUUUACCUGCCGUUCAGCCUCCCCUCCUUGCAACCCGCAUACGACACCACCCGAUCUGCAUGUUUCACUGACCCGCCGACUUGGAGAAAUUUGUUCUACCUGUCCAUCUUACGUCCAGACUGUUUUACCGACGUCGUGAAUCGCUCUCUCUCUCGGUCGUCGACACUCGUUUGCGAAGCCAGAAGCCGAUCGGUUAGGGAAUAGCUGGAACAUCACCCUCCCAACAUUUUCUCAAGAGACUCAGUCCCUGUAUUGCGUGAUAGCUUCAGGGUCUGAAGGCAUCGUCCAUCAUGCAGUCCCUCAACUUCCUCUCGUUUUUAAGCCUUCUCCUCUUGCUGGGAACAAUUUCCUCGGCUUGGCCAUGGCCCCAGGACGGGCUGAACCUAGCACACGGAGAGAUUGCGGCCAGAGCUGAUACAACUGCAUCCGACGAAUCAACGGCUGAUUCUAAUGCGAGCAAGACCGACUCUGCGUCGGAAACCAAUACCGCGGACUCAACUGCGACGGACUCUAGCAGUAGAACAGAGACCGCUACUGGAACGGCCAAGGAGACUGGCACACAGACGGAGUCGGGAACAACUACCGAGACUGCCACGGACAAAUCCGGCAAGAACAGCAAGACCAAGACCUCUACCAAGACGACCUCAAUCGAUGCACGUCUCCCUGCCGGCGGAACGUCGAUGAUGAUCCCCACUGCGGGUGCCACAACCUACUACAAGAUCGGCGACCAUGUGACUUUUGCCUGGAACUAUACCUCUCUACUGGUGACGCCGUCUGCGGUAAAUGUUCUCGCAACCUGCACCAUGAACAGUGCGACCUAUACGCUCACGAGCAACAUGAGCGUUGAGGCCACUGGAAAGGUGGUGUGGGAUACGGGCAAGUACCAGGCGAAUGCCACGGUCCCACUGCUGACUGCGACGUACACGUUGUACGUGGUCGAUGUGGACAAGGAUAUUGGAGACACCGCAAGCCCCGGCCACCUUGGGUCGCAGAACGGUUACCUUUUCGGCAUGUACAGUCCGCAAGCCUAUACUCCUCUCAACGAAUUCAACUGCGCCACCUGCAACGGCGCCCUCUCGGACAUCGAGCGACAAGCCCUCAAGUUCGCCUUUGGCAUGGUCAUGAUCACAAUAGCCUCCUUCACCUGGUUCGCCGGUGACUUUGGUGUCUUUUCCGCUUGAGCUUCCUCAUGAACGUAUCGUAUGUUCUCCAACAGCAUAUUGCAUCCGAAUGAGCGACUUUUUUUCCGUCAUGACAAUAGCGAUGUAUCCGCAAGGUUGGGCUGGCGUUUUCUCUCCUUUUCUUCUCUCCGUGUAUUUGCCAUUACAAAUAAUCUAAAGUGGCGGGGACUGG